GAGAAACGGAACGGAAAUAGAUUGGAUGGCGAAGAGUCAAGUCGGCCUGGAAUAUUCGAUGGUCUUAAUCGUAGGGUGCCCACUAAGCUGAUGGGUGCUCAGCAGUUCCAGAGGGAGGGGAGUUCAGAAAAUGGGUUGAAAUCGGGGGCUAGUGGCUCAUCUAGAAAUGCCACCGAUCCUGGUAGCUCCCAGAAUGGUAAUUCACAUGUCGACGGGACUCAUGCAGGGCACGGAAGUGCCCUUUUGCGUGAUAGAAUUGAUUUUUGGCACCGAUUUGCUCUUUAUAGCCUCCCCAGUGCCGAUGGAUUUGCUGCCAUAAGUGCCCGGGUUUCUAGUUUUCUUGAGAGGACAGCAAACAAUGUCAAUCAUUCCGGCGCUUCUGCAUCAGCCAAUCCUCAGAAUCCCGAGCCUCUGCAUGGUCAAGGCACACGAGGAGCAACCUCUGCGGCAGAUCAGGCUUCUGCGUCAAGCACGAUGGCUGUGAUACAACGAGAUGCUUCUGCUGAUGGAUUUGCCUGUUGUGUUGACAGGAGAGGUGCGCAAUGCUCAGCCGACGACAAGAACCCGGACGAUCAGGUACGUCCGACCGUUGUACCGGACGAUGUGAUACAGCCCGAGUCCGACAAGUACUGGGCCCCUCACCCCAAGACUGGAGUGUUUGCGCCCAUCGAGCAAAACGGACGUGCCGGUGGGGACCACCGCCCACCGCCUGUGGAUGGUUCGGUCCUGGAGGAGAAGGCCUGGUUCCGUCCGCUCGAGGACGUUGACAAGCCCCACCCCGCCUAAAAAGGACGAAAACAGCGUUGGGUAGCUUCCGUGGAGGAAGUGGGGCCCACAAUCUCUAUGAUGAUACUGGACUCCAUUUCUCCUACCGCUGCUAUAUGUACGCAGCUUUAUCGUGUCAGAAAUAUUCGUAUAUGUACGUAUCUUGCUUUGGUCCGUUUGUCUUUUAGACGACUACGUAUUUUCCUAAAUUUGUGGAAGAAAUAGGGCUGUUUGGCUGGUUACAUGCACGGUAGCUGCAAUUUCCAACGGGAAGCACAGAAAUACGGUAGAGAUCGUCCGCUACAGUAGACGUGGUAGGUGGUGCGUUAAUCAGUUACCUACCCGUCUGUCUUCUUCACUUUCUGAUGGUGAAUGUUGGACGUUGAUGAUUUCAUUCUCCGUCAGUUGCUUCUAGGGUCAUCGAAUGGAUGCCUUGGAUCAUCUGGCAUAUGUGAAAUUUUUGACCUUUUGUGUAUUAAUAGAACAUGGGGAAUUAAGAA